GGGGUGCGGAGCGGCGCCGCCUCCCGCCCGGGCUGUCCCGCAGAGCCGGAGCGGGCGGCCCGGCCAGCCCGGGCCAGUGGGCUGGGUCGGGUGGGCGCCCCCGGCCGAGGGGGCUGCUGUGCCCGUGAGGCCCUGGUGCUGUGCCCAGCAGGAUGGUUUCCGUGGUGCUGGAGGUGGGGGCCAGCCUUGCUGCCUGGCUGCUCCUGUACUGCUGCUGCCGCCGCUGGGGCAAGCGCCGGUCCUGCGAGUGGAGCUGCCGCCUGGUCACCCUGCUGCACGGGGUGAUUGUCACCUGCCUCUCCGGUUACGUGGCUCUCCUGGACGGCCCCUGGCCUCUGACCCACGCCGGUUCGCCAAAUACAUCUCUCCAGAUCCACGUGCUGUCCCUGACCUUGGGUUACUUUAUCUUUGACCUGGGCUGGUGCCUAUACUUCCAGACAGAGGGGUACCUCAUGCUGUUCCAUCACAUGCUGAGCAUCUGUGGCAUGAUCAUGGUGCUGGGGCUCGGGAAGUCUGCUACAGAAGUCAACGCUGUUGUAUUUGUUAGUGAGAUCACCAACCCACUGCUCCAGACCCGCUGGUUUCUGCGGGAAAUGGGCUGUUACCACACUUUCCUGGGAGAGGUGGUGGAUUUCCUCUUUGUGUUCCUCUUCCUGGUGCUGCGGAUCGGAGGAGGAGCUUUGAUCAUGUACGUGAUGGUGACAUCCCCUGAUCCCAACUGGCUCCUCAAGGCUGGAGGCCUGGCCAUGUACAUCGUAUCUUUGGGGUUCACGCUUGAAAUCUGCCGCUUUGUCAGGAGAAAAAUGUUGAAAAAAAAAAUUGUUCCUGGACAAGCCUGAGGAGUGUGAAUGCACCUGUGUGAGAUGUAAUGGGCACUUGGCAGCUCGUUAACGGGUUGUGGAUGACAGUCCCUUGGGCUGCAGUCCUGGCUACUGAAGCUUUUUCCUGUGGAAAGAACUCCUAAAAGCAAUGUGGAAUUGACUUUCUGGCACUGGCAGCGGUCUGCUACCCCUGGGGGAGAUGAAUUAGCGCUGGGAACAGGAGAAAACUGACAGAAGAGGGGUUCUAGUGGAAAUCUGAGGAACCUGGCAUGUCUACUAACUCUGAUUCCCUGCCUUCUGCAGCGAUGGUAGAGGCUCAGGGAGGUGGCAAAGCCAGGCUUGCAUUCAGUAUGCAACCGAUAACGGCACAGACUGUAUGUUCUAUAAUCCAUAUUGGAGGCAGAAUUAUUUUACAGCAUAGAGCCAGAAAAUCAACCCUGAAAAAUACCAUCUACCCAUCAGGUAGGGGUGUGACCUAGCAAAGAUUUACUGAGCCUCACUCUCCCUUAAUCCUGGAGUUGGACAACACGCUUGACUGAGUACUUGGAUGAAAGCUUCUUAACAAGAUUCAAGCGCUUCCAGGGGUAGAGCAGAUUUGUCCUUUGAGUGUGAAGUGAUGGUACUUGAGGUGAGGCAACGUUUUACCUCAUUGUUUUUAAUGAGAUAUAUAUUUUUUUUAAUACUUGCAUUCAAGCAGAUACUGAUCUUAGAGCAGUGUGACUUCACUGGACUGACUCAGGCCCUUGUAAGCAAGAGUCAAGAAUUAGACUUGUGCCAAUAAACUCAUAAGCAGGUGUUCA